GAUCGCAGUAUCGCUGUGUGGGACAUGGGACCUUAUCCACAGGACAUCCAGCUGCGUCAGGUGCUUGCGGGACACAGGGCAGCUGUCAAUGUGGUCGACUUUGACGAGAAGUUCAUAGUCUCUGCCAGUGGUGACCGUACGAUUAAGGUAGGCGGUCUUCUGGGAUUGCGUAUGCGCACUGUAUUCUGA